GUCUCCAGACAAGCCUUUGAGAGGAGAGAGAGAGAGGGAAGGUAAGAAAGAGAGGGUUGAGUGAGGUAUGGGCAUGGCUGGUGAUAUCCAAAGUUUCUCAACUAAAUUUUCUGCAACAGCUGACAAAUCGGGAGCUUGGAAAGUUUAAAAACGUCUUUGGUCACUUUGUAAAGAGCCGAGCUGUAACUGUCAAACCUCUGGAAGCGCUCGGAAAGUUGCACCCGAGACAAAGACUGUUCUGGGGACUGCCCUUAGAGCUCGAACUUACAUCUACGCUGCACUGACAGGCGGAGGAACGGCACAGACUGAACUAGUGUCGCCGAAGGGGUUCGCUUUGAAAGGAGAAAAAAACUUAUCGGAUAAAGUCCUAAAUCCACUUUUGCAUCGAGAAAUGCGCUAAAACUACUCCAUGAAGGACUUUAUGGAGACGAGAAGAAGAGUUGUGGUGUCUUCGAGACGCGAAAGUUAGAUAAGAAGAGAGCAGAAGUGGAGUGGAGAUCACCGGAGAGUGAGAGGAGAGUCUACCUGAAAAAGGGGUCAGAUAAUGAAUUAGCGAACACGGAGUGACCUGUGUCCCACUCCCAGCCAAAACUAAGCUUGACUCCUGUUCCCCCAGCCCCAGUGAGCCAAUGGAUGUGGAGAGGGGCCCUCCUGUCAGCUCACCUGAGCCCCCUAAUGAUGGGGACCCAUGUCCCCCCACGGACAACACAGUCCCCACCCCCAGUCCAACCCUCACACCCACCACAGGUCAACCCCAGACACGAUCUACCCCCAUACAUCCCACCCAGCCUUGCCUAACCCAGCCCACCAGCCAGCUACGCAACGGAGCCAAGCCCCACACACACACCCCACACACACACACCCCGCACUGCAUACACACGGCCAACACACAUGCGUCUCACCCCAAUGGAGUGAGGAACGGAGGGCCUCAUGAUCGGCCGGCCCCCAACUCCCUACCCAGGGCGGCCUCUUCCUCCUCCUCGUGUUCCUCAUCUGGGAUGAAGAACCCUAAGAAGCUCCAGUCCAACCCCUCCAUCACCUCUCAGAGCAGCAAGAGGAGCAAGAGCUCCUCCAAGAGCAACAGCUCCCAGAUACCUAUAGAAGCACAGGAUGACUGUUGUGUCCACUGUAUCCUGGCCUGUCUGUUCUGUGAGUUCCUGACUCUGUGUAACAUCGUGUUGGACUGUGCCACCUGUGGUUCGUGUGCGGGGGACGACUCGGCGUGUUUCUGCUGCUGCUGUGCCUCCGAGGAGUGUGGCGACUGUGAGCUGCCAUGUGACAUGGACUGUGGGAUCAUCGACGCGUGCUGCGAGUCUGCAGACUGCCUGGAGAUCUGUAUGGAGUGCUGUGGCCUCUGUUUUUCCUCCUGAGCCUUUCAAACUACACAGGGUGAUAAAUAUAUAUAUAUAUCUCACACACUGACACAGCUCAGGCAGCGAUACUGUAUAUAAUGACAAGAUGGUCUUGUCUCCAACCUAACAAUGGGAGUCAUUGUCCCAAAGGCAGGCAGUCUGCUUAUCGGUCUGCUUAUCGCUUCACCUCUUCCUCUCUGGCUCAGUAGAGAGGGCAGUGGAGGAGCGGAUCAUUGGUCAAUGUAAGGACAUAUCAUUGGCUUUGACCAAGGUAGAGCGCUGACAUUGUUCAAUGUUGUGGACAAUCCGUUGGAAUUGACCAAUCAAAGGACAGGGACUACUCUUUGGCUUCUCCUGCUCACCUCCUCUGUGUUGCUUGUCGGUUUACUAUAUCUCUCAUUGUUAUGCAGAUGUUUUGCUUAGACCGAUAUGGGAUUUUGGGGUCUGAUAACGAUAGGAGGGAGGCAAAGUCACUGAUUUACUGAUAUAUCACCCAAUAUAUUGUUUUUAGAGGUGAAUAACAUACUUUUUUUUCAAAUUGUGCUCCAAAGGAUUAACGGAUACUCUAAAUUAGAAUUUCUUAACAAAAUAUUAAAAUAAACAUUAUUUAAGAUAUCCACGAAAAAGCAACUAUAUCCUCUAUAAAUACAACAGUAAAACUUGUUUAGUGUCCCUUCUUAGACAAAUCUUUUAAGUUGUCCCUAUCUAUGGCAGUGGAUAAGAAGUAUGCAAAAGUGCUUGUGUUAAACCACCACAAGAUUGAAUUAAUUAAACUUAGUCUCAAAGUAAAUCUGAAACCGCACCGUUCACAAAUUAGCAUUGAAAUGCAGUAACAUGCUGUUCCUAAUCUCACCGCUAGGUGUCAGCGUCAGCAUUUGUCCUGAGUAGAUUUACCAGCGUCUACAACAGUCAGAGGUCAUGUAAACAAACACUUUAUGGCAACCUUGCAAUGAGAGUAGUAUAUGACAAGCACAAGCUAGCUGUUCAUUACGACAAUGUUUUCUUACAGAAACCAUAUCUACAUCACUGUUAUUCAAUAUGAAUAUAUUGGUUGUAAUUUUCAACUGCAAAUGGCUUGCGCUGAAAACGAAAAACAUUUAUGCAGGCAAAUGAUUGCCGCACUUGUUUAAUCACACGUUCUCAUUUAGCUAGCUAGCUAGAGUUAUCUCAUCAUGAACGCAAGCACAUGGCCUGCUUUUUGCAGAUUGCAUAUUUCGGAAAACAAACUAAAUAAGCCCACUGGCUAAUAUAAUAAGACCACUUGUACCAAGAUCUUGUACCAAGAACGAUUGUUCACUUUGGCGCCCGUUCAGUGUUGCACAUAAGUAGCAUAGAUUGCUUGCUAGCAAAGUGAGCUACGUUGCUGGCUAGAUAGCGGAGCUUACGUUAACUAAGUGAGAAUGUGAUGAGGACAGGGCUGCUUGCUUGGUGAAGAGUACUUUUGAUUAUAUACUUAUUCAAAUACGUUGGCUGUGGCAAGCUACUCACAGUCUAACCACCAUGCCUACUAUCUCUCACGUUGUGACCUAGGCCUGAAUGAUGUUCAAUGAGCAGCUCAGAGAGCGCCCUCUUCAGGCAACCAUUGACCAUUAAAAAAGUGACCAUAAAUGAGCAGAGGUAUUUGUUUAUUCUAUGUAUAUAAUGUAACGAAACAGCAGGGAUCAGGUCUCGAACCCACAACCUUCGACUGUGCCGCAAAAGCAUGCUCAAGCGGCAGAGUUGAUUUCCGCGCUGAUAAACCCAGGGUCGCUACAAUAAUAUCUAUGCUUUAUCUGUAGAAUAAAUACCGAUACAAAUCUUUCUGCUCAAGGCUAAUAUCGGUCAACUGAUUUAUCAGUCGGGCUCUAGUCUUUCUACUGUACAGUCGCUGUGCUCCAGCGAUGGUUCUGGACAGCUUCUCUCUCUGGACUGUUCUUUUGGACUCUGUGAGCCAUCUCUUAUUACAGCAGAACACCCUGUGUCUCCAAAGGCUCAGCAGCACAAUGACUGGCUCUCCAUGCAUGAGAAUGACCUUGAAGGCAAAUGAGAAAAUGGCCCCAUUUAACAGGAUUUUUGUGUUUCAGUAGAUAAGACUACAGAGUAAUGGGAAAAUGGUUGGUCAGAUCUGAGGAGCACUCUAGUUUGUCCUUGGCAAGGUUAAAGUCCUCCAGUUUUAGUGCUAACCGUUUCUUUCUCGACGUGCACAGUCCAUGUGGAGGGUCUGUCUACCGCGGUUGUCCUGUCAGAGUUGCUGGGACUGGGAGUAGGGGGCUCAGCUACAAACCAAUGGAAAUGGGCCAACAAUGCUACAGACAGUUUGUUCCAUAGCCCAUUAUUAGCACAUCUAAUUCAGCUAAUCAACAUAUAGAUUUCUAGCUGAUGAUUUGAAUCAGGUGGGUUAGUGCUGAUCAGGUGGGUUAGUGCUGAUCAGGUGGGUUAGUGCUGAUCAGGUGGGUUAGUGCUGAUCAGGUGGGUUAGUGCUGAUCAGGUGGGUUAGUGCUGAUCAGGUGGGUUAGUGCUGAUCAGGUGGGUUAGUGCUGAUCAGGUGGGUUAGUGCUGGGCUGAAUGAAAGUCUGCACACCCUUUGACUCUCGAAGAUCAGGAGUGAAGAAAACUGGUCACUACAGUAGAGUCCCGUGUUUGUCCAUGACCGGUAUGCGCGUUGUAGACAGACCUAGCAAAGGACACAUCCUCCAUCUUACUCAAACAUGUGAAAGGAGAGCUCUUUCUCUUAGGGCUUUCCUCUUUCUGCGAUUUUAUUUUGAAUCUUAACCAUACUGUCUGGAUAUUUUGAAUGAUUUCCAUGUUGUAAACAGAUUUCAGACCUAACAGGUAGACUGGAAGAGAUCAUUCCAACUCUCAAUGCCUUUACCUGAUAUCUGUCAUUCUCGUGUACUGUACUGUAUUUGAACAGAAGGCCUCCACUUUACUCCAGGCCUGGAUUGUCUCUCCUCACUACAAAAAUGAUAUUAAUCCAUCUUAUUUUAUGUCAAUUUUUUUUCUUCUCUUCCAGUAUGAAAAUGACAUUUCUAUGUUAUCAGUUCCAACCUCUCUCCCUGUAAAGCAGUAGUUCUUCAAAAUGUUAUUUUAUUCCCAGACAUAAGAUAUCUGGGGAUAUUUUGCUAACUAAUUUGAAUGGUACAUAGAUUAGUUGUAUAGAAUAGGAACUGCAAACUCAAACACUACAACACAUACCCCUUUCUGCCCAGCAACUCAUAUGCAAUUUGGACUAAAUCAUGUGUUUAUAUUGAAUAUCCUGUGGAUCCUGAUUGCUCUGAUCUGGCACUGUGUGGAUCCUGAUUGCUCUGAUCUGGCACUGUGUGGAUCCUGAUUGCUCUGAUCUGGCACUGUGUGGAUCCUGAUUGCUCUGAUCUGGCACUGUGUGGAUCCUGAUUGCUCUGAUCUGGCACUGUGUGGCUCCUGAUUGCUCUGAUCUGGCACUGUGUGGAUCCUCGCAUGACUGUGUGAGUUCUCAUACCAAAGAAAAUAGUUUUUGUAGCUUAGCCUCUGCCAAGUCUCCAAACAUCCGGAUGUUCUGGUUUUCAGGGAAAAUGGAAAUAGAACCUCUGAUGCUAUUCCAUUUUUGUACGUUAACAAGACGACUUUCCAUCUUAACUCCUCCUCCACAUUUACUGGAUUGGUUGAACAUUGCAGAAGAUCAACUUUUUUUCUUCUCAUCAAGACCAGUAUGUAGGGGGAUCUAGUUUCAGGUGUAUAUUUUACUCCUGCUACGUCAGGUUUGUUUUGUGAUACAUCUUUAUCUAUGGAUCCUAUAUUCUGUACAAGGGUUUUAGGGUAUAAUUUGUCUUAUCGAACCAGCCUCUUGCCUUUAUUGAUUCCAAGGGCUUGCAGACGUGUUUUACUGGGUGCACCUGCUAAUGAAAGAUAUUCCUUACUUGGAAUAAUAGCAAUCUCUCAUAAGAGGGACAUCUAUCUGUACUGUACCUCUACACGGGGCCUGAGGUCAAAUUGAAUAGUUUCAUUAAGAUUUUAUCCCUGAUUAUGAAUUAUGUAGAGAGAGGUGUUGUGAUAUUGUACAUCCAAUCAAUGUUUGGUAAAGCCCUGGAAAUAUGCCUAGCCCUAACUAUGCAGGGAGUUUUCAUGGAAUCUUUUUCAAAUCAGAAGUGUGAAUUUGAGAGAUAGAUGAAGCCAUAAUGAUAUUCGUUGUCUUGGAUGCACUCUGAAUCAAACAGGAACACUAGCUAAUCUAGUCAAGUCGUAGUGUUUAUACUCAAAUAGUUAGGAGACAACUGGAAAAGAAAUCAACUUGAUAAUGCCCAGAUGAACAAUGACUUUCUGCAUUCCCUAACAGUGCAAGGUACCUUUCCAGUGCAAUCUCUCAUUUGAGUUUUUAAUUAUUAUUAUAAUAUAUAUAUAUAAAAAAAAACAUUUUAUCAAAUGUGCCUUCAAACAUCUCAUGGAUAUAAACUGUAAUGUUAGCCUGCUCUGGUGAAAGCAGUCAAUUCAAGCAUUAUGUCCAAUACAUGUGUGUAGUGUUUACCCAGUGCUGUGUGUAAUAAAAUGA